AUGAAGACUAACAGAAUACCACUGACUAGCAUUAUCUGUGUAUUUUCUGUUUUUACUUUCAUUAUCCAAAUACUGAUUCUUCUUCAUAGCAAUUCCUAUGCUGUAUACAAAUGCUCAACAUGGAUUAAUAGUGAAAAGGUAACAGACUCCAGAUAUCAACAAAGAGCUUAUAAUCUGGUGUCAUACAAGGAUUAUCUUAACAAGCCCUCAUCAGAUUUGACAAAACUUCAUUCUGCAUGGCGAAAAGAAGCUACUUUAUUCCAAAGAGUCCCAGAGCAGAAAAGAUAUUUGACGAUUGGUAUCCCCACAGUUAGACGAGUGGGAGACGAGUACAUAAUGAAAACUAUCAAAUCCAUAGUUAACUUCACGAGGACAAAAGAACUCAAGGAAAUCUACAUAGUGAUUUUUCUUGCAGAUUUUAAUGAAACUUGGAGGGCAGACAUUAGCGGAAGAAUCAAGAAAUCAUAUUCAAAUCUAAUAACGUCUGGAACUCUUAUUGUAAUUAGAUCCUGGGAGUCCUUUUAUCCUCCAUUAGAUAAUCUAAAGCAUACUUACAAUGAUAAUGAUGAUAAAAGGAAAUGGAGAUCAAAACAAAAUGUGGAUUAUGCUUUCAUUUUCUUAUAUAGUCAAAACCUAUCUACAUAUUACAUUCAAAUGGAGGACGACAUAUUUACAGUUCCUGGAUACCUUCAAGUAAUCAAAGAUUAUGUUUCGGAAUUCAAAACGCCAUGGACAUGUUUAGAAUUUUCCGAACUUGGGUUUAUCGGUAAACUUUAUCAUUCUUACGAUCUGGAAAAAUUAGCCAAGAUGGUGUUGUUAUUUUAUGAAGAACAACCGUGUGACUUUACCUUUUUAUAUUUCAACCUGCAGAUGCUACAGUUUACUCGCUACAUUCGUCGUCCCACCAUAUUUCAGCACGUUGGAAUUCGGUCAUCACUUCCUGGAAAAAUUCAACCUUUAAAAGACAGAUACUUUGACAAUUUAGACAAGUCAUAUAAGGGAGAUAACCCUCCCGCAAAAAUCUACACAAACAUGGAUAUCGAACCAUCGUUCACUCCAGAAAUGGCGUACAGCAGGGAACCGGGUUAUUUUUGGAGUAAAGGCAACGGGAAAGCAGAUGACUGGUUCAUAGUCGUGUUUGAUGAACCUCAGAGAGUGGAUAGUAUAAUUAUAGACACUGGAUCACGUGAACACCCAGAGGACAAAAUCGAACACGGUAAACUACAGGCCAGCCUUAGUUUAGUGAGUGUAUCCUCGUCUCAACCUAAGUGUACAAAUGAUAUACUUUUAGGAUACUUUGAAAAUGGGGAUAUUAAAGUGGGGAAUUUGACAUCAACUCUCGGUCCUUUUAAGAUUCAUUGUGUGAGUAUCAUUUUAACGGAAACACAGAGUUGGUGGAUAAUCAUCAAAGAAAUAGCAAUCUUUGUGGCAAUGUGAUAGAUGUUUUUUUUUCGUAUAUAAUAAAAUGAUGAAACAAAAUACAUUUUGCACAUUUACAUUGCUUUAUCGGUAACUCGUUUUAUUCAACUACAUGUAGUUGUUUGUUUACUUCUCUACCCCAUUGCAAAGGCCCAGGGAAAGGAAACACAUCAUGUAUUGAAUAAAAACCAUAUUUGGGUAAUAAUUUUACAAAAUGCCUCGUUGAAGUUAGAUUUUGGAUUAGUUAUAUUUUUAAAAUUUGUAU